UUACAUAAUUAUGUAGGAAGAUUGAAUAAAUGUGUUUUGAUGUUUCAUAAUAAAAUACCUAUAUUUACUUUAAAAUAUCUGGCAAUUAAAGUCAAUGUUUAGUUUAUUACCGUGAUUGAUUCUUGUAUAAAAUGGAUACAUAUAGCAUGAAGGUGGGAAAUCAAGGACCUCAAAAAGAAAUUUACAUAAUUGAAAUAAAACCAAGUUUAUCUGGUACAUACCCACAGUUUAUAGACUCACAAGGCAUUCCUCUACAGAUUUUACAAAACACCCCCCUACAUGUAGUAACAAAAGACGAUCAAUACUCAUCAAUUCCAUCAAUAAGUUAUAAGUCUCAAGACCAGAUGAAUGUUACUCUUGCGAAUGAACCAUCAGACAAAGCCUCAGAGAUUGAUGAUAACUUUCAAGCUUUAACUACUGAAACACUGAGAAUUGAAGCACCAACUGUUUUCACAUGUAUUCCUAUGAGUAACAUAGUAAAGCAAAGACAAAUGGAAGACAAAACUAAAAUAACACAGGACUAUGUGCAUAUACCUGACAAACCUGUGCUACAGAGAGCAAUUGCAGUACUACCAUCAACACUACAGCUACGAAGAGGUAUUGUUACACCUCGUAAGCUACUUCCACCUCGGGUGCGAUUUGGACCUAUACAAGGUAUAAAGAGGAUAAUAUCUCCAAAUGAAGUGAAUGAUCUAAAAACCAAAGCAGUUUUAAACAAGACACCACUAUAUUUGUUGAAAGAAAAUAAUCAAACCAUACAUUUAGAUGUAUCAGAUAAAGAUAAAGCCAACUGGCUUUGUUUACUCCCUUUGGGUGAACAGGAUACAGCAAACGUGUGGAUAUAUGAAGACGAUGGUGAAUUAUACGGUAUAACCACGCACGUCAUACCCACACGAAAUGCACUGUCUUUGGGUUAUAGUAAGGCGUAUUGUGAUGAACAUAAGUUCGCAGAUGCAAUGCCAGUAAAGGAUCUAGAUGAAGAAUACGCAGCAGCGUCUAAAGAACAAUGGUGGUGUUACGAAUGUCGUAAACAGAUGACAUCGGCGACUUCACUACAACGACACAUGCAAGCCCAUCACCAUGAAGAAAAAGCGAUUCCUCAGAAACGUUAUCGAUGUCGUAAUUGUACUCGAAGCUUUUGCAGGCUGUUCACAUUAAAGCGGCAUUUGGCACAGCAUUGCUUAAAGAAAGAUUUCAUAACACAAGAAAAAUUAAACAAUUCGGAACAGAAUUUAACUGAUUCUAGUCAAAACUUCUCUCAAACUCUUGACGACAAUAGAACACCGUCAGAUGAAAGUUUUCAAAAUUACACAAACGGUUUGGAUUUCUCAACGAAUCUCUUCGACGAUCGCAUGGCCGGUCUCGACAUAUCCAACUCCAGGCCCGAAACUGAAUACAAUCCUUAUUCGCUAGACGAUAGAGUCGAUAAUCUUUUGACUAGUCAACUCGAUUUUCCGAAUACCAUGCAACAGAAUGAAAUUAAUAACGAGAAUAUACCAGUACAUGAGACAAAGACUCUAGUGUCGUGUACCGUUUGCAAUAAAGAUGUUGAAAAGGAGAACAAACGAGUGCAUUUAAAAGAGUGUCGAAGGAGUUCAUUGAGAUGCGAAUGCGGCAGAGUCUUCAAGAGUAAAAUUAGUCUAGCAGAACACAUUCACUCGGACCACACUUCUAAGAUAACUGACAAUACGGAACUCAAAUUAGCACCAGUCUCAACAAAUGAGUAUAAUUAUACUUGUGAAGUAUGUGAACAAAAAUUCAAGCGUCGAGGCAUAUUGGUUAAUCAUUUGUGGCGCGUUCACAAUAUAUCCGAUUCUAAAGUGCCUUUGGAGAAACGCGUGCGCCAUUUCCCGUGCGUGGUGUGCCCCAAAGUGUACGGAACCGCCGCGAAGAGGAACCAACACGUGCGGGUGCAUCAUCCAGGCGCUGAAAAAAUUCCAGCGCAGUCAAUAGAAGGCGGCGUCCGCGUGUACGAGCCGGCCCAGUGCUCGUUCUGCCCGCGACAGUAUGCCACGCGGGCCAAGAUGCUGCAACACGCCAGACUGCACCAUCCACAUCUGAUGAAACGACGUGUCGAAGAGAAAUAAAUUAUGUACUUAUUUUAUUGGAAUAUCCCACAAAACGAA